AUCUCAGGGUCGGGCCAGUCAGUGCCUGCGCGAGCUGACUCGUAGGAUUGAUGCCUUAGAUGAGUAGAAGGUCCUGACUGAUGGCACUGGCAGAGACAUGGGUGAAAAUCAGCAGUUACAUCAGAUGGGAAAGGAACUGGCAAUGGUGCCAUUACAUGGAUUAUGCAAGAUUGUGUGGCACUAAGUUGCUAUGCGCAAACAACAAACAUUGGACAGGAUAGGUGAGACCAUUCCACAUAUUAAGUGGACUGAUCUUACUGCCACCAAAGAUAGCCAAAUGUCUGUGGGUGAGGAGGGUGAGUUAUCAGAUGAGGGACUCUCAUUGAGGACUGAAUCUAAAGACAAUGUGACCCCAGAUGUGUUUCUUGUUCCACCACAAGAUCAGGCAGAAGUUGUAAAGGAUUACAGUAAGCAGAACUCGCCAAAAAAUGAAUCAGACUCAGACCAGAUGAGUCUACUUGAAAAAAAGACUGUUGAAUAUAAAUUAGUUACUUUUGAUGAGAACACAAGGAGUCUACCAACAAACAUGCAGCUGAUACCCAAGAUGGAGUCUGAUAAUGCUAGGACAGAAGCUUGUGAGGUAACAACCAAAGCUACAAACAUUGCUAACAUCCCAACCAAUGAUUUACUAGAGAUUAAGGUUCAACAACAAUCUAUUUUAAAUAUAAGUUUCCAUAAUGACAAACUACCAUCACCUGGUGGAGGCAAUCAAACAAGCAAGGAGUUGUGUAUUGAGAAUAAAACACAGGUUGUUGAUAUAGCUCAUGUAAGAGUGAGUAAACCUGGGAUGGACAUAAAUGCAAACAAAGAAAGAUUAGAAUAUAGUAAAGACUGCAUUGAAGACAAUAAAACACAAAUUUUAUGUAAUGUAAGAGAGGAGAGACUUGAUAUUGGAAGGAACAUGGCAGUGACAAGUUCUUUGGUACAAUGUGAAGAAGACAUGGUAUUAGAUUUAAGCCUACCAAAAAAGAAAGACCGAAAUAAGGAGAGGAAGUGUGAAUGGGUUGUAGACCCUGAAUAUGAAGGUUCACUUCAUAUGGAAGUUGAUGAAAUUGAGGAUGAACCUCAACAUGUAGAAGUGGAGCAGGAGGAUGAUAAUGAAAUUUGCUGGAUUGCAUCAGUAAAUGACGCUCAUAUAUAUCUGCCACAGCAUUGGGAUGGACAUCUGUCCUCCUCUUCGCUUGAAGCCAUGCCAACUGCAUCAUACCCCAACAUCAUAACCCCAGAUCCAAUGGAUACACUACUUAUAGAUGACCAGGGCAUUCCUUACACACUCACCGCAGAUGGACAGAAAGUCCCACAAAUUGAUAAUAUACAACACAUUGAGGGACUCUCUGAACAAACAGCUCUAAGCGCAAGGCAAGCUGAAGAUAAGCCCUCUUCCAUUGCUGAUACACAGGAUAUUGCAGACUACAGACUACAGACACUACCCAAUUCACUAUGUCCAAAUAUGCCUAUAGGUCAUGUCUCAGUGGAAACCUCACAAGUUGCCCCAAACCUGGAGCCAAAAUCUUCUUACAGUUCCGUAGCUCAUGCUAAACCCCCCAUCAUACCUGCCAUAUCUGACUUGGCAUCAGUUCCCAUUCAGAUUGUGGCUAAUACUACAGGGUCAAACACCCCCAUUCUUCUUCUUCCUCCAUCUCAGCUUCAGUCUCUUUCCUCACCAGCCUCUAAAGGUAACCCAGGGCUAAUUACCUUUUCCUUACCGGUUCCUCUUAGUCAGAACACUCAGUCCUCCCCCAUGUUCCUAGUUUUGUCAUCUCCUCAGGUGUCCUCAACUCAGAGUUCGUCCUCGCCUGGGCAAUUAUCUCAGAUUUCCUCCUCUUCAACUGUUGCACUUCCCUUGGCUACUUGUCCACUUGAUUUGGGAUCUACAUUAAGUUCACGUCCGUCACUUCUCAGCCUCAGCACGAUUUCCUCUGACACAGCUACAGACAUCUCAGGACUGAAUAACCCUUCUAAACUUCCUGCUAGCCCUACCUCAUCAACUGCUUCCUCUAGCACGUCCACAGUGACCUCUACUAGUCCAACCAAGCAAUUCAGCACUGAUGCCUACUCUGACACACCCGUGCCCACUUCCUUUCGGGAGGCCCUUCUCAGAUUGGCUGUGUCUGUGGAGAAGAAACAAGAAAACCAGCCUGAGACGCAUUUGGUCACUACUCCUUCCUCAUGCUCUGAAGCCACCAAGCCGGAUUCCUCUGCCACAGUCCAUGAAAGUAAAAAUAAUGAGACAGAGGUAAACUGUGAUGGUGAGACUGAGUCUACCUUGGUAGACCAAACAGACUCAUUAGAUACUACCUCUUCCACCUCACCCAUUCGUUCUGAAUCACCUGUAAUUCCAAUCAAUGACCCAAAGAACCAAGCAUUAGGCCCUCGUCGCAUUCUUUACUGUCAGUAUUGUCCGCGGAUCUUCUACUAUCUUUCAGACCUUGAGCGCCAUUCCAUCACACACUCUCAAAGCAAACCCCAUGUAUGUCACCUUUGUGGCAAGGCGUUCAAAAGAUCAAGCCAUCUUGAGCGACACAAACACAUCCAUACAGGUCAGAGAAACUUUGUGUGCCAGCUUUGCCCAAGGCGUUUUCGUGAAUCGGGGGAACUAAUGAGGCACCAGAGAGUACACACCGGUGAGAAACCCUUUCAGUGCUUAAUAUGCCACAUGCGUUUUGCAGAGCGCAACACGCUGCGACGUCACAUGAAGCGCAAACACCAGGGCCAGCAGCUGGAGGUGAUGGACAUGAAGGCAAAGCCAGAAAGUGGAGGGAUUUCCCUUGCUGGUAUACAAGGAGAGCCAGAAGAGAAUGCCGAGUGGUACAGUUCAACAGUUCCUGAAAUGGAGUCCGACAGUGACACAGGGGGAGAAUGAACUACAU